AUGUCUUCUCCAACCCCCAACUCCAAAACAAUCCCCCUACCCGGCCACUUCCCCAACACCACCUCCGACGCCCAGCGCGUCUUCAACGUUCUCCAAAUUGGAGGCAUCGCCAUCGUCCCCACAGAAGUCGGCUACGGCCUCCUAGCCUCCUCCGUCGAGGCCAUCGAGCGAGCCUUCGCCGCGAAGCAACGCCGUCCAGGACACGCCCACGGUCUGAUUGGAUCGUACGAGCUGCAUCAUGAGCUGCACGUUCUCGAUGCAGACAAGUUCAACAUGACCCGCGUCCUCACUCAAGACCUCGACAUGGGUUUAGGCAUCGUGGCUCCGUACAGACCAGAACACCCUAUUCUGGCGAAAUUCACCCCGAAAACACUAGCCAAUGUGGUCAAGGAUGACACGAUUGCGAUGUUCGUGGGUGGGGGCUCGUUGUUACGGGAGAUCUGUAGGCUAAAUUAUGAGGCUGGGCAGGUUAUGGUGGGGUCUAGUGCGAAUUUAAGUGGGAGGGGGCAGAAAUUCCGGGUUGAGGAUAUUGAGGAGGAGAUUUUGGAGGUUGCGGAUUUGAUUGUGGAUUAUGGGUUGCAGAGGUAUCAUGUUUAUGGGAGGGCGUCGAUUGUGAUGGAUUUUGGGGAGAUGCGGGUGCUGAGGAUGGGGUCGUGUUAUGAGUUGUUUAGGGAGAGGAUGCGUAGGUUUUGGGGGGUGGAGUUGCCGGAGGAUCCGGUUUAUAAGACUUAG